CCUGGUACCUGCGGCUCACGGGCCUGCUCCUGCUGCGUCUAGAGCACGAGGACUCCUCCCGCCGGCUGCUCGCGGAGCUGCUUGCGCCGCCCGGCCUGCCCGCCCUGCUGCACCCGCAGCAGCAGGAGGGAGAGGCGGCGGCGGCCCUGGCGGCGGCGCAGGCAGCAGCGGCGGGUGGCUCCGGAACCACCUCUGUGGCGGGCACCAGCACGCUGCUGGACACCAUGCGGGUGGUUUCGGGGCUGGCCUUCCCGGAGCCGCGACUGGCGGACAUGUCGCAGGAGCAGCGCAGGAUGCUGCAGGACCUCUGUGCCGGCGACACCCCCCUGGAGCAGCUGCUCACCAACCCCGCCCUCAUGCAGUCUGCGGGUGUGGCCAUGGUGUCGGACACCGGAGACGUCAUCUUCAACUUUGACGCCCUCUUCACGCUGCUCCGAACCCGGCUCGACGCCUAUGCAGCACGGGCGGGCGGCGGCGUGGGCGGCGCAGCAGACGCAGGGGCGGAUGCUGCUCGCGCCGCACUGCGUUACGCGCAGCGCUAUAACGCCUACGUGUUGCUCGCGGGUGCCCAGACGGCUGCGGUGGAAGCCUGGCAGCAGCUGGUGCAGGUGGUUUACACGCGGCAGUACGAGCUGCUGAACGGGCUGUUGCGCGGUACGGCAGCCGAGGCGUUGUACGACACCCUAACGGCCUCUUUGGAGACGGUUAGGGGCCUUAUGGCGCGUCAUGACGGGGCUGCGGAGCGGGCUGCGGGGCCGCUGUGCUCAGCUGCCCGGGUGCUACUGUCCAAGCUGCAGGAGCAAGCCAUCCUCCACGUCAGUCUGGGCCAGGCAGCCGACCCGCUAGUCUCCGUGCGCGUGCCCUCCCGCUGCCAGGCGCUGCUGCGUCUGCUGGUAGACCUCAUCCUGCGGGCGCAUGCGCGGCGCGCCCCUGCGGUGCGUCUGCAGCUGUACGCCGCCGCGCUGCAGUACCUGCAGCUGAGUCGGGGAUCCAAGCUGGCCACCGCGUGUGCGCCGGCGGUGCUGGCGGCGCUGCUGCAGGGCUGGGGCAGUCCGGUGGAGGCGGUGGCGGUGCUGGAUCAGUCCGAGGAGCUCAUCGAGCGGGCCAACGCUGCAGUGGUCUCGGAGCACGGUCCCGCGCUCGUAGAAGCCCUGGCAGCUGACGCCCUCAGCGGCAGCGCGCCCCCACUCGGCCAGGCAGUCGCCCUGCACCUCCUGCGGGCCCUGCUUGCCGUUGACGCCAGCACCGCCUCCGCAGCAGGCACCGGUAACGCCCCCCUGGGCUCCUCCUCUGCGGGUGCGGUGGUGGCGGCGGCGGCAUACCAGCAGGGGGUGCCGCAGCAGCUGCUGACUCAGCUGGCGGCGCUGUCCCCCGCAGCGCUGAGUGCGGGAGGCAAGAAGGCGCGGCGGGCGGUUCACGUGAUGGAGGCGGCGCUGUCGUUGCUGGCGGGGCUGGCGGCGGCGGGGCCACCGGGGGCUCGUGCGGCGGCGGCGCAGCAGUUGUACUCGCUGAAUUGCUUGACGGCGCUGAACCGGUGUGCUGCUCUGGACCUGGUUCCCGACGACCCCGCCACCUCCCUGCGCGGCGGCUCCUCCGUGUCACCCGACUCGGUCCGUUUCCGGCUGAACGCGCUGGCUGCCCCGCUGCUGCGGAUGCUGCUGACGGUGCUGGCGGCGCUGCCGGACAGCGCGGCGGUGCGGGCGGAUGCGGCGGCGUUUGCAUCCACACAC